AUGGACGCUUCUGGCCAGGCCAAGUACGAGACGACCGCCGCCGUCGCUGAGACCGAGGCUUCCACCCAGCGCAUCUCCAACGCUGUCCACCACAAUGCCGAGGUCGCACAAGGCGUCGCAAAGCAGGCUGCUGAGGAGGCUCAGCACCACGACCACAGUCUCGCGAACCAGCCCGCCGAGUCUUUGACGACCGCCGCACAAGCAACAGCACAACAGCCCGGCGUCGCUGGCACUGCUGAGCAUGCGAAGGGCGUUGCCGAGCAUGCCGCAUCCGUCGCACACGAACGAGGGCCGGCUGCCACCGGUGACUUGAAGGACGCUAUCCCUGCGCUCCAAGCGAAGACCGGCGCUGCCGUCGAGCAGGGCAAGGCCGAUACCCAGGGCUACGUCCAGCAGGCGAUCAACCUCGCCAACUCUGCCGUCAAUGCCGCAUCGCAAUAUGUCGCCGGAACUGUAUCUGGUAGCGCACAGAACACCGAAGCGGUUGGCGGUACUACGACCAGCAACGUAACUCAGACCGCUUCGGCGACCGCCUCGAGCGCAUUCGAGACGGCCAAGCAGUAUGCUGGUCAGGCGCAGCAGGUUGCGCAGCCUCAUCUCGAGGCCGCCGCGAAGGCUCUCCAGUCUGGUGCAACCACCGCCGUCUCAGCCGCGCAGGAGGCCAUCAGCGGCACCGGCACGCGCUCUGCGGGCGUCGUUGACGCCAAGACAGCACCGCUCGAGACUGGCCCCCAUACCACGAAUGAGAUCUACCCCGAGGGCGAUGACCCGAAGAAGUUCGCCAAGACGGCGUAG